UAAAUAGAAAAUAGUUCCUACAUGAAACUGCUCACAACAGGGUCUGUGAAUUAUCUUGAGUAACCCGAGUUUCAGCUAUUUGAGAGAAGGCAGACGAACCUACAGCCGAUAUCACCAACACUUCUCCACUUAGACCAAAACAGUAAAGAUUAAUAAAUAGCACCACGUGUAAGAGGUAAAAUAUGUAUUUCUGAUUUUGCGCUGAACUGAACCUUAAAUGUUUAUUCACUCUUACACCACUGCUAAUCAGACACAGUUUUACAAAUAUUAGCAGUUUAUUUAAGACCAAAAAAUGUCUUGUAGUUGAUUCUAAAAAGCUGGAAGGCAUCUAAAAAUGUGCUUUUUAUUACCUUUAUCACACUAAUAUUUGUGACAUCGUCAGUGGUUUUAUUCACCUACAGCCUCUCCAGUGUUUCUAACUGCACUCCACUGUCUUCUCCUAGAAGAAAGGUUGCACAGGCUCUCACAUUGAUGCUGUUUGUCAUUAAAAAGAAACAUGUUGUACAGCCUCAUGUGCACAAUGCUGCAAAGUGAAAUGUUUCAAAUGAUUAAAUGUCAUGUUUUUCCUUUUAUUUACUGAAUCUGACAUUGUGUUUCCAUUAGAGUGCAACCCACAGCGAUGUAACAUGACUCACUCCUGCCCCCAAAUAUUUUGCAGCGUAAUACCAAAGCCAUAAGCAUCCCUCAGUUUCUUUAUGUUCUCAGGCUGCGUUGAUACUGCUGGCAGUGUCCCUCACAAUGUUUUGUGGGCUUUCACCCAACUGUUUGUCUAUUAAUUGUCAGUCUGUGAUUUGUUUUCCCCCACGGUGCUUGGGUGAGCUUGGCUUUAGUACUCUAAGCUAUAAUUUGGAGCAUGGAAAUUAAUCUGAUGUGUAUUUGGGUGUGUUUGUACCUGCCUCAGUCUUCAGGCUGAAACUGUGCACCAGGCCUGACAGAAAAUGCUGCAUAACUAUCUCCAAACUAUUGUGCACAGAAUUUACUAAUAAUGAGGGAGGCACAAUGGCCGGUUUCAGUUUCAAUUAAGUCUUUUACAUGCUGACUAUGAACUGUGAGGGGUUGUGCUGUUCACUAAAAUACCAACUUUCUCCCCUUGUCGUGAUCCCCUUGUUAGUCCGCCUCCCGCCCUACUCAUCUAUCCCAUCUCUGUUUAAACCGGGAGCGGAACAGACAGGUCUUUUCAGCAGAGAAGGGCACACAGCAGUGGAUUAUCCUCCUCCCUCCCCCACUGGUCUUUAUUCACCACCUGCCCCUGUACCCCGACCCCCUUUCUCAUUAUCUGCCCCCAUCCCAAUCCCAUGGUGCCUCUGGAGUCUCCUGGUCCACUCCUGGAAUAAUCUCCUCAUUGUUAUCAUAGUAUGUGCGUCUUAAAAUGCUCUGUUUGCAUGUGUCCUAUGUUACUCAUGUUAUAGGGCCUGGGUAUUCUGCUGUGAGGAGUAGUAACUCUGCGGUUCAGGUGUGGGUUUACAUGCCUCAUUACACUAAAUCAAAAGAGAGUUUCGGAGGGGAGAUGAGGGUCAGGGGUUCAGGUUGAGCUAUUAUGCAGCUUGUAUAAUAUUGACGAUGAAUAAUGUUGAGGAACAAAGGGCGAAGAUCAAUGUUUGUGUGCCGCUGCUGUCACAGCUGAAAUAGUUGUUAAACGCUGCAACUGACAUUUAUUGCAACACUACAUGCUGCAGCGGCUCGUGUUGCACCCACAACCAAUGAGUGUCUCAACUGAGCAAUAUUGAUGAAUGAAGUAUUAUCGGACUUUAAAGCUUUAUUUUAUUAUGCACAAUCUUAAUGGAGUUUCCUUUAUUAAAAUGUUAUUGCUUUGCAUGUCUUGAGCUUCUGUGUCUUCCGCAAUGCCUUAUUUUUGUAACUGUGACACUGUGGGGAGACUAAAAGUGGGAUUAUCCUGGAUUAUCUUUAGGAUAUAUGGAUUACCUCUGUACUAAAUGUAAUCUUCUGUGUAUUGUAUAUUUUUGUUACUGUGUAAAGGGGAAUGGAUGCUGUUCAUUCGCUUCUUCAAAUAAAUAUUGAGUAAUUUGGAUCCCAGUGUGUUUUUGCAGCUUUAAUGGUGAAUUUAUAGAUGCAGGAAAUAUAAAGGCAGGAUUAUGUCUUUUUACAUGCACUUGACUCAUUUGAAUCAUUGAUAUUUGCAUAACAGCUCAUUUUUUGCUCAAUAAACAUGUCUUUGAACAUUUAUCCCCCAACCAUCCAAUUUCUAAUCUGCACAAGCAUCCGUCUGCAUGAUCCCCAGACACAGCAGGCUACACCAGCCAGCUGUUGGAUUAUUGCCACAGCACUAUCUCAUCGGGGAAGGCGUGUCACUCCCCGAAUUACUCAGCGCCCCUUUGUCCUCGGUCGGUGCCCAGCCAGCGACACUCAUGGCGGCUGCACCCGUCAGGCAGCGCUCCGGGCCAGGGGGACCCCGGGCGCAGCUCCCGCCCUGCUACUACGAAGGCUACCUGGAGAAGCGAGGACCGAAAGAAAAGGCGUCCAGACGACUGUGGACCUGCCUGUGCGGGAAUUCUUUGUAUUUCUUCAAUAAUGCCAAGGACAGUCAUUACGUAGAGAGGCUGGAUCUCAGUGGGUUUGUGUCCCUGAAGGACGACUGCAGCCGGGACAGAAACCUGGAGGCAGCCAGACUCAUCCUGCGCAUGAAGGAUGGAGAAACCAAACUCACAGCACCUAACUUGGAAUCAAGGGAGCUGUGGAAAGGUUUCCUCUACUCCGUUGUUGAUCUGAAUGUACCAUCCUGUCUCACGUUGCUGCCGGGCCAGCUGCAGAUGCUGAAGGAGGUGGUGGACAAAGAAAGGUCCAGACGGAGAACUCGCACUCCCACGCGUGCUCCUCCCUCGCCUCUCUCCGUGCCUUUAGUAGGAGAAAUCCCAGCGUGUUUUCGACCAGUGUCUCGAACAGAGGCUGAAGUCCUUUUAGAGCGACACCCAGACUGCGGCAACAUGUUGCUCCGUCCGGGUAGAGAUGGGUGCUCACUGGCUGUCACUACUCGACAGGACCUCAAUGGGUCUGUGUUCAGACAUUACCGUGUGACCCAGAGGGACCAAGGUGGAUAUGUCAUUGAUGUAGAAAAUCCUAUCCCUUGUGCUACGCUUCACGAGGUCAUCGACGCUCUGGUAGAGAAGACAGCAGGAACUUUACAGCCUUUCCUACUGGAGGAGCCCUACGAAGAGAAUAUCACAUAUGUUUCCGCCAAUGAUGAGAACGGAGAAAGGAUCCUCCACACUGCCCCCUCCAGCCCCCUGCCAAAGGCUCCCGCCCUGCCUCCAAAACAAGAUCGUUGGCCCGGCAGCCCCCUGUCCAGGUCUCCUGCCCCCGACCGUCGCAUCCUGACCUCACCGGUGCCGGCCUCGCCCACCAACCCCAUGAGACGACUCAUCCUCUCCCCUUCACCUCUAGCACAAACACUCAACGAGGAACUCAAAAUGAAGCUGGAGAAGAGACAAGCCAGUCAGGAGUGACUUCAUCAUCAACCAAUAAGCAACCUCCUGUCACAGCAUACUCAAUCUUCAGUGCCAAACCCCUUCUCACAGCAGCUAUGUAUUCAUCCUGUGCCUUCUAGGUGGAAGACAAGGGACUACAAACUCUCAUAGGGAAAUACAAAAUGUUGAGUUUCAUUCUUUUGGUCUUGUUGGACUUAGAUGGUUAAAUGGACUCUGGUUUGCUCCCUAAGAGUGAGAUUGGCUGGCAAACACUGGGUCAUAAAACGCUGCCUGCCUUGGUUUGGGUAACAAUCCACUAGUGCUUUGUCUACUUGCAUAAAGCUGUUUACAAUCUGAGCAAAAGAAUAGUGCCACAGCAAAUGAUUUUCCUUCAGAAUACAAUCCGCUGUGAAUCAAUAUGACUGGCAGCUAAAACUUAUCAGAGAAGCAGUGGCACGUUCAGGACCACCAACUGAGACUGAUGUUUUCCUGUCUAAGCCCCCUGUCUGAGCUGCUGAUGUUACUGCUGUCACACCGGAGACUACGAACAAACAAACCACAGACUGCAAAGAUCAACAGCGGAGCCCCAAACUCUGACCUGAGCCCCGAGACACUUUAUCUGCUCUGAAAGUAAAAUAAACCAGGAGCGCUCAGGUUUCAGCAAUUCCCCUCACUCACCUCAUCACAUGUAACAUGACUAAGAAGGACAAAAAAAAAAAAGUACAGUCGAGCUGGCCAGAAAACUGAAAACUGCACAAUCUCUGCCUGCUGCUCAUGAGUGCUCUUUGUGAUUGAUAAGCAGCCAUUGAUGUAUUGUUGAUUCAGUGACACUGUUGUCAACUUUAACUGUACUGUUGGUGCUUAUUUUAAAGUGUUUCCUUAUUCUCUGCUACUGUGUACGUGCUACUGUUUGGUGCUAUGACUCACCAGCACUCAGACCUGCCUGGAAAGCCCAGGUGAUUUCUGUUCCUCUUAAAAGAAAAAAAAGGUAAAUCUACUGUAUUCAUGUGUGAGAGUGCCCUCUAGUGGAAUGGCUGUCAGCUAAGGUACAAAACUGACUGAACCUGGCAAAGACUUUUGGCUUUAUCACAGUAUUACACCACGCCCUACCUCUCUACAUUUAAUGACAAAAUUUUAAUUUACGACAGGUGUGAAGGUGCUUAAAGAAAAGCAACAAGUAUUUCUACAGUGACAUUACUGCCAAUUGGCCAGUAGAUUUGACGUGUCUCUAGUGGCAAACUGUGACUCAAAGUGUCCUCUUACAAUGAACAGUUUCUUGUAUGUUUGUACAUGAUGUGUUGUGUCUACUUGAUCACUAUCAAAGAAUAGUGUUUGUUAGAUAUCAAGGGCAUUAAAUGGUUUUGCAUGGAUGGGA